CCCAUAGGAAAGCAUCUGUCCACGGGGAGAAAAGAUUAGAUUAGUAUCUUGUAGUUUCAUCAAACUUUUUAAGAAAAGCCUUAGACAUCCCUUUCUACACAUUGCCUAGUGAACCUUCAUCUCUCUCUUUCUUGGAUAAGAUCUGUAGAAUGUCUGGUACACUUUGACCCACUUGAUAAUUGAUUCCUUAAUAGUCUUUUAUCCAAAACUUAUAACCCAUCGUGCACAGGGAAAGGAGAGAAAAGGAAGAAAAGAACAACCCAAUUCUCUUUGAAGAAUUUGAGCACUUGGGUUGUUCUUUGUUCAUAGUUUUCAUCGAUUGUAAUUUGAUUCAUUUUGUUCAGAAAAUCUAAAGACUUGGGUUGGUCUUUGUUUUAUAUUUUACUACAGAAUUACAGAAUGUCAUUUCUGCCUGGUUUGGAUUGGUCUCUUUAGAAAAUCAAAAGCUGUGCUUUGUUUUAUUGGAGGGGAAGGGAAUUGGGAAACACCACUCAAAGCAGACCCCAAAUUCGAUCGCUUCCCGAUAGCGUAAGCCACGAAGAAGGUUGAGGAUGUGAGAUAUUCGAGGUGAGUUUUUGUGUGCGUAAACUUUUUGAUCGGAAAGGCUGUGGCUUUGUCUGUUUUGAUGUUUUCCUGGAGAUCAUGCUUGAUACACAUGCAUGAUGCAUGCAUUCAUUUUGUAUGCAAUCAAGAGAGAGGGAUAGACAGAGGGGUCUCUUUUUGUCUGUUUACGUGACGUGAUUGAAAAAUUGCCUAUUGCUGAUUUUUAUGCCAGGAUGAUUCUCACUUGUAUGGACUAUAGCAAGUCAUCAACUCAAUCAAGGUGGAAAGGUUUCACCGAGGAGGAGGACUAAAUGCUCUAGAGUUAUGGAGAGAGUUUAUGAAACAUCUAUUGGAAAUGGGCCUACUAGUAAUGGCCAUAUGGUUAUGAGGCACUCCCCUUACCGGCCAUUUUCGAAGAGAUCGUUAUCUUGGCUUGAUUUAAGAGUUUUCUAUGUCAGAGUAAGCAAGUGUGAGACUGAUGAUUCAACUCCCGAGCACCUCACUUUAAACCAUGUCCCAUUGAAUCCCGAUACACUUCUUGAAGUAAAUGGUGUUAGAACUGGCAUCUAUUCUGAUGGCGCAUCCACCCUUCUUAGAAGGGAUCGGCUAGAUAAAAAAUCUGAAGAAGCCACUUUUGUGAGCACAGAUAGCAUAAGGCUGACAGGAAGUGUGAAGUUUGAGGUUUUUCAUAAGGAUACUCUUCUGCUAUCUGGGGUUUUAGAGUUGUGUGACAGUAACGGUUACACUGAAGAGUCAAGAGGAAGUGGCCAGCAAUGGAGCAUGAAUUGUGAUUCAGUCAUAACUGUAGGCACUGGCUUUCUGAAGGCCAAACAAUUUGUUAGCCCAGAUUCAGCUUCGCCCACAGUUGAGGUUUAUGUUGCAGGGUCCUUCUUGGGCAGUCCAAUCAUAUUGACUAGAACUCUGCAGCUUAGUUUACGAAAGAAGCAAAUGAAGAAGGGGAUGCUGGACUCAAUACCAGAGUAUGAGGCAACUGAAGGCCAGAAAGAAGUUACUCUUGUGCAGAUGCCAGAUUACUUGAAUUACAAACCAGAAAGUGAGGAGUACAACCAUCUGUACUACUCAGGGACAGACUAUUUUGAUGGUGAAGAUGGGGAGCUCACUUGGUUCAAUGCUGGUGUCAGGGUGGGGGUCGGGAUUGGCCUCAGCAUCUGUGUUGGACUUGGGAUCGGAGUAGGUUUGCUGGUUCGUACCUACCAAGGCACAACCCGUAACUUCAGAAGGCGACUACUCUAAUCGACACUUUUGCUUGCUCAUGAUUUUGCUAAAAUAAGUCCUCCCUAUCUCUCAUGGGCUAACUUAGUGGUGUUUCUAACAUAUUUUCUGUGAGCUCAUACUUUGUGAUUAACAGAGAUAAGGCAUAAAUUUCAGCUUUUCUUACCUUUUUAUCUGAAAUAAGUAUAUGUUUUCGUUCUAUACUAUUUACUACCUCAAAUAGGAAGCCUACAUUUGAUGUCAUGGGGAUGAGAAUUCAGCCAUUGUUUAGCCUCCUUCAUGUAGCUAGCUCGUCGGCUGUCUGCCUUUUGUUUUAGUGAAGCUUUGUCUCUCUAUCUCUAUCUAUCUUUUUGGUUUCAUGGAAGGAUGUUAACAGCAGCAUUAAAGUUUUGGGGAAGAAAGGAUCCCGUUGCCCAGAUUAUGACUCAAAAGGAGGAGCAGGAGGGGGUGGCUACCAAGUUUGGCAGACAUCUUCAUCUUAAGGUUACUAGUUGUCCUUGAAGUUACUACUCUUUAUAAUGUUAAUAGAGGGUUCCAAGUUUUGUCAA